GCCCCUCCCUGUUAGCCCCCAUAGCUGUAGCCGGACCACCGGAGGAGCGACCGGGCGUAAGACACGGAGAAGCGGAGGGAAUGCGCCGGUGGGACGGCAGAGCAGCGCGGUGACCGGACAGCGAGUCAGCCGCCGAACACCCCGCGUCACCGGGCCUGAGCGGCCGGAAGCGUAGAAGAAGAAGAAGAAGGAGAGAAAACAGCGAGCGCUGCUCCGCCUGCUCCCGUCAUCUUGUUCUCUGUUUACCGGGGCAACGAGCGCACCUACACGGACCCAAACACCACAACCAUGCAAUCGAUACCUGCUCGCCAUUAGAGAGAGAGGGUGAAAGUGUGUGUGUGUGUGUGUGUGUGAGAGAGAGCUGGGUUUGAUCCGAGAUGGGGUUCGGUCGGGAUCUGAGGAAUUCCCACGAGGGAUUAUUGAAGCUGCAGGAUUGGGAGUUAAAGCUGCUGGAGACAGUGAAGCGCUUCAUGACGCUGCGAGUGAAGAGCGACAAAGAAUACGCGGCUCUGCUGCUCAGCAUGACUCAACAGAGCGAGAAACCGGAAGCAGCCGACUACGUCAGCACCGUGAGCAAGUCCUGGUCCCAGGUGGUCCGGCAGACCGAGGCUCUGGGUCGGGUCAUGAGGACUCACGCGGAUGAUCUGAACUCAGGUCCUCUUCACCGAUUGGCCACGUUGAUCCGAGACAAGCAGCAGGUGAAGAAGAGCUACCAGAGUCUUCAUCAGCAGCUGGAGAGCCACACCCACAAGGUAACGAGGACGGACCUUGACAAGCUGAAGGUGGCGUAUCGUCAGCUGAGCCGUGACGCUAACAACGCUAAAGAGAAGUACCGAGAGGCGCUGAUGAAAGGCCGGGAGGCGGAGCGCGCCCGCGAGCGCUACGACAAAGCGACGGCGAAGCUCCACAACCUCCACAACCAGUACGUGCUGGCGGUGUGCGGCGCCCGCACGCAGCAGGAGGAGCACCGGCGCCACGCCGCCCCGGCGCUGCUGGACGCCCUGCAGAGGAUGCAGGAGGACAUGACGCUCGCACUUAAGAGCAUCCUGGAGGAGUACUGUGAGAUCAGCAGCCUGCUGACGGAGGAGAUCGUCACGGCUCAUCAGGAGAUCUCGGCGGCGGUGGAGCAGAUCGACCCGCUGGCCGAGUACCAGCACUUCAUCGACGCCUACCGGUCUCCGGAGACUCAGGAGGCGAGCGUGGAGUUUGACGCCUCUCUAUUGGACGAGACGGACAACCUGCCGGCCAAUGAGAUCCUCUGGAACACGCUGACAGCCGACAGCCUGCAAGUCAUGUUGUCCUCGGCGUCGGAGGAGCUGUCCCUCACUCAGCAGAGCCUGAGUACCAAGGAGGCGAUGGCCAACGACCUCCACUCCAAGAUCCAGACGAGUCAGCAAAGCGCCGAGAGGAAGAGCGACUGUGUCCUGCUGCUCAGUCAGAAACUCUCUGUCCUCGAGCUUCAUCACGCCGUCCAAUCGCUGCGCGGCUCAGAGGCCCGCCUCGCCUCCCAGAAGGCCUUGCUGGACGCCAAGAUGGCCGACGCUGCUACCUCCCCGCCCCCGCCGCCUCCCCCCCCCGCCCUGCCGUACGAGGACGACGCCCGCUCAGUCGGCUCCGCUGACAAAAAGGAGAAGAGCUCUCGGUUCGACACUCUGCGUCACUCUCUGGCCGGAAUGAUCCGUUCUCCUAAAGUCCUGCUGGGCUCCUCCUCCUCGCAGUUCUUUGAUGUGAUCCCCACGUCGGAGCGCCCCCUGGCGGAGCAGGAGUGGUACCACGGCGCCAUCCCCCGCACCGAGGCCCAGGAGUUGCUACGGCAACAGGGAGACUUCCUGGUGAGGGAGAGUCACGGUAAACCGGGCGAGUACGUCCUGUCGGUGUUUUCUGACGAGCAGAGGCGACACUUCAUCAUCCAGUACGCCGACAGUCAGUACCGCUUCGAGGGGACCGGCUUCUCUACGAUUCCUCAGCUCAUCGAGCAUCACUUCUCCACCAAACAGGUCAUCACCAAGAAGUCUGGAGUCGUGCUGCUCAACCCCGUCGUCAAGGAUAAGAAAUGGAUCCUGAACCACGAGGACGUGGUGCUGGGGGAGCUGCUGGGGAAGGGUAACUUUGGCGAGGUGUUCAUAGGAACGUUGCAGCGCGACAAAACGCCGGUGGCUGUGAAGACGUGUAAAGAAGAUUUACCUCCAGAGCUGAAGAUCAGGUUCCUGUCGGAGGCCAGGAUCCUGAAGCAGUACGACCACCCGAACAUCGUGAAGCUGAUUGGCGUGUGCACGCAGAGACAGCCGAUCUACAUCGUCAUGGAGCUGGUUCCUGGUGGAGACUUCCUGUCCUUUCUGAGGAAGAAGAAGGACGAGUUGAAGACCAAGCAGCUGGUUCGCUUCUCCGUGGACGCUGCCGCCGGCAUGGCGUACCUGGAGAGCAAGAACUGCAUCCACAGGGACCUGGCAGCGAGGAACUGUCUGGUGGGAGACGGCAGCGUGUUGAAGAUCAGUGACUUUGGGAUGAGUCGUCAGGAGGACGACGGCAUUUAUUCCUCAUCGGGACUCAAACAGAUUCCCAUCAAGUGGACGGCUCCGGAGGCGCUGAACUACGGUCGUUACAGCUCUGAUAGCGACGUGUGGAGUUAUGGGAUCCUGCUAUGGGAGACUUUCAGUCUGGGGGUGUGUCCUUAUCCUGGGAUGACCAAUCAGCAAGCUCGAGAGCAGGUGGAGAAAGGUUACAGAAUGUCCUGUCCUCAGCGUUGCCCUGACGACGUGUACAAGGUGAUGCAGCGCUGUUGGCAGUACAAUCCUGACGAGCGACCCAAGUUCUCUGAUCUGCAGCGAGACCUCGCCGCCAUCAAGAAGAAGUGAUGACAUCAUCAAAGAACCUCGCCAUCAUCAAGAAGUGGUGACCUCUUCAAACGACCACGCAGCCAUCCAGAAGCGACGCCAUCAUCACUCAACCACAAGCGAUGACAUCGUCACAGCCUCAAUGCCAUACAGAAGUGAUGACAUCACACAACCGUGCUGCCAUGAAGAACAGGUGAUGACAUCAACGUGUCCGCACAAAAUAAGAGUUAAUGAUUGUUUGGAGAUGGGCGUGGUCACUACAGGGGCGUGGUCAAUACAUGGGCGUGGUCACUACAGGGGCGUCCACAGACGUAUACAAACCCAGAAAUGAAACAAUUAGCUGCUGACGUUUGAGCUCAUUUAACUUCCGGGACACACUACAAACGGGUCGGAAUGACGUUAGCAUGGAUGUAGCUAGCUAUGUUAGCAUCUAUAAACCUAUUACGAAUUGUCAUUUGAGCAAAACGUUUUUAAAAACCCUGUUGGUUAAAGAGGAUGUCAGAUGCUGACAUCAAGCUUGGUGGAAUGGAGCUAACAGCUUAGCAUGUACUGUAGCAACGGGUUGUUAGCAUGUUAGCACAUUGUUAGCAUGGUGCAACAUGUUCAGUUACAUUUUCACACUGUGUGCAUCAGCAGAUUUUCAGAAAAGAAAACACAAUUUGGAAGAGCUGCACAAAGUCCUAAACUACAUUUGAUUAGCAUGCUAGCAGUAAUGCUAGCUAUGCUGCCAGGCUCAGUCACAUGACCCUCAGGUGAUGAUGUUCCCUGAGGUCUCAUCCUCUUACCUUCUUGUCUUCCGGAGAAAAACAACAACUUCAAAUCAAACCGCUUCAAUAAAUUAAGACGAAACAAAGAGGAAGUGAAAUUACUAAAUAAAACGGAUAAAAGGGGCUUUUUGUCUAUCAAUCUCACAUCAACUAAUCUAUUGUUUUAUUUUGGGGCAACGGCUUGGACUGUUUCCACUGCUGAGGAAAAAUCAGCUUUUAACACUAAUAACUUUGUUUUUUAGUUUUUAUUUAUUAUGUUUUUAUGAUUUUAACAACUCUCAGAUUCUCUGACGGCUGAAAUGUCAGAAACAAACAAGCUGACAUGAAUCCAGUGUUUCAACAACAAAAGGGGGGGGGGGGGUCCACUGGGGCACGCAUACAAGGACCUAUAUGUGCACAUAUCAGGGGGGAACUGCAGUGUGGUGAUUAUUUUUAAAAAUUUUUACUCCAGACUUUUUCAGGGGGGGGGGGGCACCCCUGGUUUAAUGGUGGGAGAAACACUGGAAUCUGAGGAAUAACUGACCUUUAUUUACUGACCACGCCCACACUGACCAAUGUUUUUUUUUUUUUUUUACCAAUCAGACUCCAACAUUUUUUCAGUUGUCAACAAAAUAUUUGUUUUUGUUUCUAAACCAAAGUAAACAUUUGGCUGAUGGCUUCCGUUUCCUAAACAAUUCAUAGAAACAAAUAUAUAAUUCUAUAUAUAAAAUCCUCUGCACUUACUGGGUUUGUUUCCUGGUUGUCAUGGAAACUGAAAUGUUGAAAAAUGUAAUAUAAAUCGAAAAGACUUAUUUCUGUAAUUGAUGGGGAGUCUGGAUUGGUCAGAAUAACUUCUUGGACUACGGGGGGGCGGGGCUUAAACGUUAGUGAUGUCAGAGCUCCGCCUACUGUUAAUGUAAAUAAGUUUGAGCUGUUUUUGGUUUUUCUUUGAAUUUUUACCGUGUUCAAACACUAACCAUCUGUAUGUCUUUCUUUAUAAAAAAAAUAUAGCAUUUAUUAUGAAAAUAAAACAAAUCUUACAAACGA